GAAUGGAGUCCAGCCACCUGAGCUGUUGCUAACUCUCGAUUUGAUUUCAUCCUGAGAACCACCGAGAAAAAAAAUCAAGAGAGACAGUCAGAGACAGGGAAAGAGAGGGAGAGAAAGAGCAAGCUUUCUUACUCAGGGGGGAAAACGUUUUGAGCUUCAACAUGGCCUCGCUGUGAUAUGUAUGACGUUGCUGAUCACUGGAGAUUCCAUCGUUAGUGCUGAGGCAGUAUGGGAUCACGUCACCAUGGCCAACCGGGAGUUGGCAUUUAAGGCUGGCGACGUCAUCAAAGUCUUGGAUGCUUCCAACAAGGAUUGGUGGUGGGGCCAGAUCGACGAUGAGGAGGGAUGGUUUCCUGCCAGCUUUGUGAGGCUCUGGGUGAACCAGGAGGAUGGGGUAGAGGAAGGGCCCAGCGAUGUGCAGAAUGGGCACCUGGACCCCAACUCAGACUGCUUGUGUCUGGGCCGGCCACUGCAGAACCGGGACCAGAUGCGGGCCAAUGUCAUCAAUGAAAUCAUGAGCACUGAGCGUCAUUAUAUCAAGCACCUCAAGGACAUUUGCGAGGGCUACCUGAAGCAAUGCCGAAAGAGAAGGGACAUGUUCAGCGAUGAGCAACUGAAGGUCAUCUUUGGGAACAUUGAAGACAUCUACAGGUUUCAGAUGGGCUUUGUGAGAGACCUGGAGAAGCAGUACAACAAUGAUGACCCCCACCUCAGCGAGAUAGGACCCUGCUUCCUGGAGCACCAAGAUGGAUUCUGGAUCUACUCUGAAUACUGUAACAACCACCUGGACGCCUGCAUGGAGCUCUCCAAACUGAUGAAGGACAGCCGCUAUCAGCACUUCUUUGAGGCUUGUCGCCUCUUGCAGCAAAUGAUUGACAUUGCUAUCGAUGGUUUCCUUUUGACUCCAGUCCAGAAGAUCUGCAAGUAUCCCUUACAGCUGGCUGAGCUCCUUAAGUAUACUGCCCAAGACCAUAGUGACUACAGGUAUGUGGCAGCUGCUUUGGCUGUCAUGAGAAAUGUGACUCAGCAGAUCAAUGAACGCAAGCGGCGUUUGGAGAAUAUUGACAAGAUUGCCCAGUGGCAGGCCUCUGUCCUAGACUGGGAGGGCGAGGAUAUCCUAGACAGGAGCUCUGAGCUGAUCUACACCGGGGAGAUGGCCUGGAUCUACCAGCCCUAUGGCCGCAACCAGCAGCGGGUCUUCUUCCUGUUCGACCACCAGAUGGUCCUCUGCAAGAAGGACCUGAUUCGGAGAGACAUCCUAUACUACAAAGGCCGCAUCGACAUGGAUAAAUAUGAGGUAGUUGACAUCGAAGAUGGCCGAGAUGAUGACUUUAAUGUCAGCAUGAAGAACGCCUUUAAGCUUCACAACAAGGAGACUGAGGAGGUCCAUCUAUUCUUUGCCAAGAAGCUGGAAGAGAAGAUACGUUGGCUCAGGGCUUUCAGAGAAGAGAGGAAAAUGGUACAGGAAGAUGAAAAAAUUGGCUUUGAAAUUUCUGAAAACCAGAAGAGACAGGCUGCAAUGACUGUGAGAAAAGUCUCUAAACAAAAAGGUGUCAACUCUGCCCGCUCAGUUCCUCCUUCCUACCCACCACCGCAGGACCCAUUAAACCAGGGCCAGUACCUCGUCCCCGAUGGCAUCGCUCAGUCGCAGGUCUUUGAGUUCACCGAACCCAAGCGCAGCCAGUCACCAUUCUGGCAAAACUUCAGCAGGUGUUGUAGAGGGAUCGAAACCAAACAGAAGUAAGGGAGUGUCAGAGUACAAUGAUGCUGGAGAGGACAUCUGUUCAGGGAACAUUCUGCAUUGGGGCUGUUUCUUCUCCUAGCACUGGGGUUUCCCGUGAUGCAGCGCUGCUGAGUCAUGACAGUUUUGUAUCUGGCAUUUAGUUUGGCAAGUUAUAUUCUCUUCUUCAAGACGCUUUGGUUAUGGUUUUCCUUCUAAGCCUGUCCCUCUCCUAACCUAAAAGAUCUGAACUGGAAGCAAACAGGCUGAGCCUCUGCCUCCUGUGGGAGGAAUUCAACCACCUCCCGGACCGAGUAGGUUUAAGACAGGGCUCCCCUCUGCAGUCAGUUCGAAAGCCUGGUCAUCCCUGUUUCCAUUUGCAGAUUGUUUAGGCAGCAUUGAUAGGCAUCUACGAAGGGGUAAAGACAGAGUCUGCCCUACCUGAAUCAAGCUCAUAAGCCGCCUUUAAAUUACUUACCUGGACAAGAUCCAAGGCUGACAGUAACCUCUUACAGGAAAGUACAGGGAUGGGUACGGAAAGAGACAGCCUUGGCCCAAGAUAUGUACCUGCAGUUCCUACCAUUCAAGUUAUUGGAGACUUCCCCCGUUGUUAGCAGAUUGCAUGGACAAUCUUCCAUGGCCCUUCCCCUCUUCCUGUCUUUCUUCUUUCUCCUGCUCUACUGGCACAGGAGGACUGCUGGUAUUGACAUAGUUAAAGCACUUCCGGCACUUGACGAAGGCCCCGUUUCCAACACUCUCCCAUUGUAAGACAUUCGAAACAAGUCAGUGAGGAUCCCAGGGAGACUUUUCCCUAUGGAGAACGGAUCUGAAACAGUGACCCUGUCCGUAGGCUCAUUUUUGGCAGAAUUUACACUUGAGUAAAACCAACUUCUUCCACGAAGAGCUUCCUGUGGGCGUAGGAGUACUUGUUUCUCCUCCCCACAUGGCCUGUUGGGUGGAUAGACCUAGAACAGCAAGAAGAAUGCAGUGCACAAGAGUGAGGAAUGGCCUUGCUAUGGAGAACCCCUCUAGUGAGGAACCUGGAGAUUGUGAGUCAGUCCGGGACCCCAUGGUAGAAGACCUCAUCAUGAAAGGACCUCAGCUUACUGAGCACCAACCAUGGCUGCAUGGGGCCCUCAGUGUAGCUGGUUUGAUUGCUGCUCUGUGUCUCCUGAUCCAGGCCUGGGAAUUUUUUCUCUGUGGGAAUCAAAUUAUGGGCUGUUUCAGCUUCCAUUCUAUCACACCCAAAUCAGACUUUUCGAGUGAGCCAAGGAUAAGUGUGAGCUGGGCAGAGGGUCAGGGCUCGGGACUGGCCACCACUGCUCAGCACAUGACAUAGCAACUUCAGCCCUCUUGGCAAUGAACCUGGUACCCAGUGCCUAAGAUCAAAAGGCCUCCCUGGCAAGCAGAAUGUGUUUCAAUGGCUGGGCAGACCUCCCUUGAACUUAUAUUCUUUCCUACUUGCCAUCCCCCCACCCCACUAGGCUUGGCCUUGACAUAUUUCACCAGGGUCUUAGAGCCCACCAAGAGGGGAUGCUUAGCUAAGUCCCUGGACUUACAACAUCUCUUGGCCAAGCUCCCUUGUGCCCCUGCUCCCCUGGGCCUGUGCCCAGAGCUGCAGGAUCAAGGAGAUCAUGUCUCAUCACCCACCUCUCACCCAUCCAUCUCUCAUCCUCCCAACCCACUGGCCUCGCCAGAUGCCAAUAACUUGUGAAAACAACGAGACAUCAGUUCGUCCUUGGUUGUAGUGUUCCCCCAGCCUAUGGCAGCAAAUCAAACCAGUGGCCAGCAGCCCCAUGGGGAGCCACCUUAUCUGGGCUCACAGUCCAAGCCUAUCCUGUGUCCUGACAGCAGUGCUAUCCCCAAGAACUCUGUAAACUUUCGUUUCUGCAUGGCCCUGAGCUCCCCUUUCCUCAACUCAAUGAGGCCCGGAUUUGCUCUUCAAAAGGCUUUGCUGAUGUGUUCUGUGGGCCCUGCUGUGGGAUGGUCCUAAUACAGAAAUCCAACUCCUCUUUCUCUCUCCCCCUCUCCCCUUCUCUCUCUGUGUAUAUCUGUAAUGGAUUUAUAAGGACAGCAACAAGAGAGUUCUAACAAUUCUAGUGUAAAGCCAAAUAGUGAUCUUUUAGUGCUCUGGGGAUGGGGUGGGCUGGGGUGGAUGGAUGGGCAACAGCGAUUUUGAUUACCCCUGCUGCUCUGCAUUUGCCAGUUUAUUUUGUUUCUUCUAUCUGACUGUUUGACCCUGUCAAACAAGUGUCAAAGUUGUGUGUUUAAAAAAUGUUUAACAACAAAAAUAUGAUGUUGUAAUGACACAAAGCCUUAUGAAAAUAUUU